GUACUGAACAAUUUCUCUCCCAUUCACUUCAGGAAAGUCCCUUUCAAGCACAGUCCCUCUCCUUCCUGUAAAUCACAAUAUUAACCCAAAGUGAAACUGAAAGUAACAGAGAGAAUCGGAGAAACGAACAGAGAAAGACAGAAGGGCUGAAAAUACUUUACGGAAAAUAAGAAAUAGAUUGAUCAGGACAGAGGUGAAGAGAAUCUGAAAAUUGAAGGAGAUGGCUAACAAAGCGUGUAUCCUGAAGAUUAGCAAUGCCAACAAGGAAAAGGUUGUUGGAUUCUGCACAAAUCUUAACAAUCAGGUCCAAAACUUUCUGUCAGAGUUUAUUCCUGAGAAGAUUCAGUAUCUGGACAACCUUUUGAAGAGUGAUGUGUUUAAUGUCUCGGACCUGACAUCUCUUCAUUCUGAGCUAAACAUUCCGAUUCCUGAUCCUCCAAAUCCUGAUGCCGAGGACACAAAAAUGGAAACAGACAAAGAAGAAAAGAAAGCUCCUAAAUGUGGAUUCCUAAAAGAGAACGAGAAGCUGCAAAAACUACUAAACAUUGUGCAACCUGAGAUAAGAACUUUGAGAGAGGGAUGCGCCUUGAUUAUUACGUGGAUCAAUCAUCUGAUUCCAACCAUUGAGGAUGGAAAUGAUUUUGGGGUAUCAAUACAGGAGAAGGUAUUAGAACGUGUAGCAGCUUUAAAGACUAAGGUGGAAACUUCGCAAACUACUAUUGCCAAGUAUCUUACAGAGAGAGGAGAUGCUGUUGCUAAAGCUUCUAAAGAGACACAUGUGAUGGACUACAGAGCUCUGGUUCAUGACAAGGAUGAAGGUGCCUUUGUUGAUCUUAAACUAACUCUGACAGAUGUGAGAAACAUCUAUGUUGAAAUAUUUGAUAUAAUUCUGAAAAAUUUUGAGAAAAUUACCAACCCUAAAGGAGAAGAUAAAAAUACAAUGUACUAACUUCAGUACCUUUUUCCCAGUUUUUCUUUGGAUCCUUGAAAUCAUGCUUCCCUCUAUAGUGAAAUCCAAACAAUAAAAUAAGAACACUGUGGUUCCGUGUCUUCAUAGAUUUUACAUUGUAUUCUUUAGAUUAAAC